GCGCAUUUACAAUUAAGCUUUUAUGGUGUUCGGAUCAUAUAUCUAGAUAGUAACUGCUAUUCCAUCGUAGUGUCUGCGAGCUAAAGUUAUCUCCAAGUUUCUUAAUAGUUUGGCCAAUAUUAAUUAACUGAAGAGAAAAGUUAGAUUCCACGCACUCAAGAGGAUGGCAGGAUCCGGCAACAAGCGUGACCCUGAAGACGAUGAAGAAAUCUCCGGGGAAGAAGAUGCAGAAUCCUCCGAAGACGAGUUACCAGUGAAAGAAAAACCCAUGGCUAAAUUUACAUUGAUGCACGAGUUCAUCAAGGAGACUGACAACUUCCUGGCCCGAUUUGACGAUUUGGUGGAAAAUAGAAAUCAGCAAAAAACUCUAUAUUUAGCACGUACGAACCCCUUGCGGGAGUCGCUUGUGGCGUUGCUUCUGCGGUUUAUCCAAAAUGAACUUCCACGUGACGAUUACCUUUAUAAGCACAUUAAGUGCUGUGAUGAAGAACCUCUAAACAACGAGGAAUUUGCAGAACACUACGAGGAAGCUCACAAAAAAGAUGACGAAGGGAAAUCGUCACCGGAACUGGACGCCAUUUCGGCAUACCAUGAUGUCUGCAAAUUCUAUAUCGCCGAGGGAAAGAUUGUAAACGUUGAUUUGCUAUUCAAAUUAAGACGGCUACUGCGGAAGUCAAACACGGUGAUGGGUGGAGUGAUCCUCGAUACGAGCGAAGCUAUUGCCGCACAAAUGAAGAAAUAACAAUUGAAGCAUGUUUGAAAUUAAAUACGAAAAACGAUAUACUAAAUUAAUAAAGUACAGCAAUCCAAAUAAAUAUUUGCAUAUGUAUAUAUGAAA